AUGUUGAAAUAUUAUAUUUUUAUUGUUGCUUUUUUCUUCAUUGUUAACUGGGUAUCAUGUAAAUCGAGAAUAUCAAAAUGUACAUUUUAUGAUAAAAGAAAUUCUGAAUUAAAGCAAACAUUUUAUAUUCCUUCAAGUGAUGUUAGUAUGUAUAAAGCUACUAUAGAAAAAUUGCUAUCAAGAGAACUUAACUUGUUAGAUGAACCUAUUGAAUCAAAUGAAAGUAGUGAAGGUAAGAAUGUAACAAAUUUGGAAGAUAUUAAACAAAAAGAAGAAAAAAAGAAAAAUAAGGAAAUGGAAGAAAAAUUAAAAUAUAUUGAAAAAUAUAGAAAUUAUGCAAAAAGUGUAUUGAAAAAUGUUGAAUUUAAGUGUGAAACUAUUGAUGAUUAUGAAGCAAAAAUAAAAUGUAACUUAUGCAUUUAUACAGAAAUUGUUAAUAAUAAACAUAUAAGACAAGGGCAAGUUGUACAAAUAUUUAUGAAUGAAUGUAUAUAUGGUUUUUAUUACUAUGAUAAUAUAACUCAAUACACUGAAAAUAAUGAAGUUUUUAAAAGUAUAAAUGAUGAAAAUACAGAAACAAAAAUAGAUGAUAUAUAUUUUAAUAUUACAAAAGAUGUUGCUGAAGGAAACACAAAUCAAAUAAAUUUUUUUAGGCAAGAAUCAAGUAAAUAUCACCCAGUUUGUUAUGUUACUGAAUGA